CAUGCCUCCUAAGCCAAGUGGAAAGGGACAGAAGAAGGCCGGUAAGGCUAAGGGUGCUCCCCGUACCGACAAGAAGAGACGCAGAAAGAGAAAGGAGAGCUAUGGAAUCUACAUCUACAAGGUGAUGAAGCAAGUGCACCCAGACACUGGCAUCUCCAGCCGUGCCAUGAGCAUCAUGAACAGCUUCGUCAACGACAUCUUCGAGCGUAUUGCCGCCGAGGCUUCCCGCCUGGCCCACUACAACAAGAAGUCCACCAUCACCAGCCGUGAAGUCCAGACCGCAGUCCGACUCCUUCUGCCCGGUGAGCUGGCCAAGCACGCUGUCAGCGAGGGAACCAAGGCUGUCACCAAGUACACCACCUCCAAAUAGACGGUGUAUUUGUACGCCUCAAAACCAACCGGCUCUUUUCAGAGCCACCACAACUCAAAAAAAGAGAUCAUA